GUUGGGGUCCUUUCACUGCUGCCGUCCCCACGUGAAUUAAUCGACAUGAUGGUCGGCAUGUAAACUAAAGCUAACACGUACAUGUUGGAUAUUGUUUUCAUCUACAUUAAUUGGUUGUAUGAGGAUAGAACACCAGUGGGUUGAAUAACCAGGCAAGCAACCAUCAUGGCAACUUUCAGGAAGAAGAUAGACAACAGGAUCCGUGUUCAGAUAGAGAAUGGCAUGGCCGAGCAGCACCGCACCAUGUUCGUGGUGGUUGGGGAUCACGGACGAGACCAGGUUGUCAUCCUGCACCACAUGCUGUCCAAAGCAGCAGUCAAAGCCCGACCCUCAGUGCUCUGGUGCUAUAAGAAAGAGCUGGGCUUCAGCAGCAACCGCAAGAAGCGCAUGCGGCAGCUCCAGAAGAAGAUCAAGACGGGAACACUGAACAUCAAGCAGGACGACCCCUUUGAGUUGUUUGUCGCGGCCACCAACAUCCGCUACUGUUACUACAACGAGACGCACAAGAUUCUGGGAAACACCUUUGGCAUGUGUGUCCUGCAGGACUUCGAGGCUCUCACUCCUAACCUCCUGGCCAGGACUGUGGAGACUGUGGAGGGAGGAGGGAUUGUGGUUAUUCUGCUGAGGACGGUCAACUCCCUGAAGAAGCUGUACACCAUGACAAUGGAUGUCCAUUCCCGCUACAGGACUGAGGCCCAUCAGGAUGUAGUGGGAAGGUUUAAUGAAAGGUUCAUUCUGUCUCUGUCGUCCUGCAAGACAUGCGUUGUCAUUGACGACCAGCUUAAUGUCCUGCCCAUCUCUAGUCACAUUGCUAACAUCAAGCCUGUCCCACCCAAGACUCAGGACAGUCUUUCGCCACGAGAACAGGAGCUAAAGGAGUUAAAGGAGUCUUUACAGGACACACAGCCUGUUGGUGUGCUGGUGGACACCUGCAAGACCAUGGACCAGGCCAAGGCAGUGCUGAAGUUCAUUGAAGCCAUAUCGGAGAAGACCCUGAGGAGUACAGUAGCUCUGACAGCUGCCCGAGGCCGGGGCAAGUCUGCCGCGCUGGGCCUGGCGGUGGCCGCAGCUGUGGCGUUUGGAUACUCCAACAUCUUCAUCACCUCACCGAGCCCAGACAACCUACACACUCUGUUUGAGUUCAUUUUCAAAGGCUUCGAUGCCCUGCAGUAUCAGGAGCACCUGGACUAUGAGAUCAUCCAGUCACUGAAUCCUGAGUUCAACAAAGCUGUGGUCAGAGUCAACAUCUUCAAAGAGCACAGACAGACCAUCCAGUACAUCCACCCUGCUGAUUCAGUGAAGCUGGGUCAGGCUGAGCUGCUGGUGAUAGACGAGGCAGCAGCCAUCCCCCUUCCCCUGGUCAAGAAACUCCUGGGGCCAUACCUGGUCUUCAUGGCCUCCACCAUUAACGGCUAUGAGGGCACGGGCCGUUCUCUCUCCCUGAAGUUGAUUGCCCAGCUGAGACAGCAGAGUUCAGAGAGCCAGCAGAGUCUGUCGGCGGAGAACCGGACCACCAACACGGAGAGGCUCAACUCCGCCCGGUCCCUUCAGGAGGUGUCCCUGCACGAGUCCAUCCGUUACGCCAUGGGAGACCCCGUGGAGAAGUGGCUGAACGAGCUGCUGUGUCUGGACUGUCUCAACAUUCCCAGGGUCAUCUCCGGCUGCCCGCUACCUCAGACCUGCGACCUAUACUACGUGAACCGGGACACGCUGUUCUGCUAUCACAGAGCCUCCGAGGCCUUCCUCCAGAGGCUCAUGGCUCUCUAUGUGGCGUCUCACUACAAGAACUCUCCCAAUGACCUCCAGAUGCUUUCCGACGCCCCGGCCCACCACCUCUUCUGCCUGCUGCCCCCAGUCCCCCCCACACAGAACUCCUUGCCAGAGGUCCUUGCUGUCAUCCAGGUGUGCCUGGAAGGGGAGAUCUCCCGUCAGUCCAUCCUCAACAGCCUGUCCAGAGGAAAGAAGGCUUCCGGUGACCUCAUCCCCUGGACCGUGUCAGAACAGUUCCAAGACCCAGAUUUUGGCGGUUUGUCCGGCGGCAGGGUGGUGCGCGUGGCCGUCCACCCAGACUAUCAGGGGAUGGGUUACGGCUCCCGGGCUCUGCAGCAGCUGCAGCUUUACUACGAGGGUCAGUUUCCAUAUAUGGAUGAAAACGCUCAGAUUGCCAACAGCGAAAUCACCUCUGUCACCAGCGAGGGGGUGAGCCUCCUGGAAGAAGUGCUCCAGCCUAGGAAGAACCUCCCUCCGCUACUCCUGAAGCUCAAUGAGAGGAGGGCAGAGAGGUUGGACUAUCUAGGCGUGUCCUACGGCCUGACGCCGCCUCUUCUGAAGUUCUGGAAGAAAGCUGGCUUUGUACCUGUUUAUCUACGACAGACCCCUAACGACCUGACAGGCGAACACUCGUGCGUGAUGUUGAAGGAGCUGAGCGCGGAGGAGGUCCCAGAGCAGGGCCAGUGGUUGGCCGCUUUCUGGAAAGAUUUCCGUCGGCGUUUCCUGUCGCUGCUCUCAUACCAGUUCAGCACGUUCUCCCCGAGCAUGGCUCUGAACAUCCUGCAGAACAAGAGCACCACUAAGACCGACACCAGCUCUGUGUUGACCAGCUCUGAGCUGGCUGAUCAGUUCAGUCCAUACGACCUGAAGCGUCUGGAGAUGUAUUCCAGAAACAUGGUGGACUACCAUCUUGUCAUGGACCUGAUCCCUGCUGUGGCAAGAAUAUUCUUCCUCAAGAAGCUGGGAGAUGUCACCCUCUCAGCGGCACAGUGUGCUUUGCUCCUGGGUGUUGGUCUACAGCAUAAGACCGUGGAGCAGCUGGAGAAGGAGAUCGAUCUGCCCAGCUCCCAGCUCAUGGGACUGUUCAACCGCCUCAUCAGGAAGGUGGUCCAGUUCUUCAACAGCAUCCAGGAGAAGGCCAUCGAGGCACAGAUGGUGGAGUCUAAGGAGAUUACCAUGGAGCCGACUGUGAAAACCCUCAACGAUGACCUGGACGAGGCAGCCAAGGAGUUCCAGCUGAAACACAAACAGGACAUGGAGAAGGUGUUGGAAAUGGACCUGCAACAGUACCAGAUCCGAGGGGACGAGGAGGAGUGGGACCAGGUGCUGAAGAAAGCCGGUCAGACCGCCGUGGUCAGCAUAAAGAGUGACAAGAAGAGGAAGUACGAGCAGCCAAGGCCAGAGAAGAAUGAGAAAGGUGCUCCACGACACGGCAAAAUGAGGAAGGGCGCAGGAGGUGGCAAGGAGAAGAAGAACAAGUUUGGAAAGAGACCGUGAUAAUGGAUAGCAGGGCUCCAAUAGGACUUUUUUUAACCAAUGGAUGUGGCUCAUUUUCCACAUCCUUCCUCUGCCUCUGUGGUUCUGCCCAGAACAAAAUCAGUUUAUCCACCCGUUUCUGUGUGUACUGACUGACUUGUUCUGAUUCCACCGCUAUGGAGUAAUUUACCAUUGUAUCAAUCAAAUAAUGUACAUGUUUGAGUAAGGAGCAUCAUAUUUUAUUUUUGUUUUACUUAUGUAUUAUGACUGAUCUCUGUACCAGGCAAUGAACAUUAAACAAGACAAACCGUUGAUCUGA